AUGGGCCUCGAUGAACCCGGGUCCUUGAAGGACAAGUGCGUGCCUUGUCCUCGUCACGAGCCUCGCCAGCCAGUGCCUCAGCCGCUGCUUGCAUCACGCGAAGUAGUUCGGGAGAGUCCGCGAUCUCAAUGGGAGCCGUUCCGCGCGCAGAAGGACGACCUGAUCGCGGAGCUGAAGAUGUCCAAGGACAUCUCGGGCAUCAAGAAGCUCAAGGUGGAGCGCGCCAAGGACGAGCAGCGCCAGGAGAAGCAGCUCAUGGUCGAGAUCCCGGCGCGCGACGCGGCGGGCAACCCGGUGCCCGAGUGGAAGCGGCAGAUGCUGGCGAAGAAGGCGGCGGAGCGCGCGCGGCGCGAGCUGGAGGCGCGGCUGCAGCGCGAGGCGGAGGAGAAGCGCCUGCAGGCCAUCCCGGCCUGGAAGCGCCAGCUCAUGGCCAAGAAGGAGGAGACCAAGUCGACGGUGGUGUACACGCCCCGCGUGGACGACAAGCGCGGUGCUGCCCCCAGGGACGAGAGCUGGCACCAGCAGGCGCAGCGCGGCGCCGACGCGGCCCCUGGCGGCGACGGUGGCGCCGUCAACGGCACCAACGGCACCUGCGCCGCCAACGGCGAGGAGAGCAACAAGGAGAACAAAACGCCGGCGCCGGCGGCCAGCGCGGAAGCCGAAGACGACAACGCGCCCAUCAUCCCGUGGCGAGCCCAGCUGCGCAAGACCAACAGCAAGCUCUCGCUCGUCGAGUGAGUCGCCCGCCGCGCCGACAGAUGGCCCGGGGCCGGGACCUCGCAAGGACGUUACGAGCAAUGCACUACGGCCGUCACCGUCGCCUCCUUAGAAUAAUUAUUUUUUAUAUAAUAUAUUUUUUUACCGAGGGGCAAGUGAAGGGAGAGAUGUUGUCAUUCGUGUGGCGAAGAAGAGAUUCGCGACCGCCUCUGUUCCCCUGCCAGACGAAGUCGAAAAGCCCGUAAAUGCAACACUCCGUUGCCGCCAUGGAAUCUACGUGCAGGUGCGGUAAAAUGGACGCUUGACUCAGUUGUGAUUCAUUUAAAUUAUUUAUCAAGUGGUAUAUUAACAUAGACAUUAGAAUUGCCUAUGAUGUUGUACAUAAAAGUUGUCGAGGUACUAAUCGUGUGUUAGUGCACGUAAGUUCGAAACGAGUAUAAAUAAAUCAGGUCUAAUGUUCCAGUGGUGAUUGGUACAGUGAAUGUCUGAAAUCUAAAUUAUUGCUAAGGAAAUUCUGCUGUUUUGAUUUGUAUACGAAAGGUUGUGCUGUGGGCUUGUAGGUUAUCUUCUUGUUGAUUGAUGUUGAGCACAACUUUCUUGAUUUGCAUAGUUACAUAAAUAUGUUAUACACACCUGUUAAUUAAGAAUACUGUAUGGUUAAAAAGAAAAUAAUUAUCUUUAUCAGCUGGAAUUAAGGCACAGAAAAGGAAGAGGGCUGUACGUUGAUUAAAUAUUUCUGGAAGACAGUAAUCUUUCAUACAAAGCAACACAGUAACAUGAAAUACUACCUACACACUAUUUAGAAAAAAAUAUUUGUGUAAAUUGAUAUUGUGCAUGGUCAUUCCUUGAUUAUUCUUGUAUAGCUGAGGUUCCUGACUCAAACUGAUUAUGUGUGAGAACAGAAGAAUCUUCAACAAGAUGUUGAGGAAAUUCCUUCGGAUAGGAGUGCAUCACAAAUUACAAUUCUAAGGGGCAAUGGUGAAACACGAGAGGAUGUGCAUCCAUGGUCUAUGACCUGUGCAAGGCCACAAAGGAAGCAAGGUCACAGAUGCCUUGAAUGGUGGAGAACUUCCGCUAACGACAUGCAGCCAUUGGGGGUUGCUGAUCUUUGAAAGCGCAAAGAUACACGACAACACUGAUAUGAACAAUGGCUGAGAAGCUAUAUGCUCUACUUUGGGGACCCAUUCAGUAGUUUAUGACGUGAAGUGCAAUGAACACUCUUAGAUAUUUCUCUACCAUGGUAUUCAGGUGUUGAAAGCAAGUUUCACACCAAUUAUACAAUGAGUGCUUAUGCGAUGACCGAUUUAACUAACCAUUUGUUAUUUGUGGUUGCUGUGCAUUAUAGAUUAUUGGUUUUUUGAAAAGCAUUUUAGUAGUAAAGUAACAGUCAUAAGUUGCAAAGCAUUCUCAAUGUGAACACAAUUAACAAUAAGUAUUGUAAUAACAUUUCCUUACCACAGCAUCUUUGGCUUUGUCAGUUUAUUUCCAACUAUAUAUACAUUUUGGUUAAAAUGCAUUUAAGAUAUUCAUUAUGAAAUACAAUUGGAUUUAUUCAGUCACAGAAUGACGUGGUGUAGUUAUAUGCAAAUAAAGAGCAAUAAUGGUUUAAUAUAUUUAUUUUUGUAUCUAGAUACACUUUCCUUUACUCACAAAAAUUAUUCAAUUUGGCAACUCGUUGUUUUGAUAUUUUGGACCAAUAGGACAGUUAUUUUGAUACAUUUAUUAGGUCACGUAAAUUAAAAUAUGCGAGUGAUUUCCAAUUCUAGGAUAUGGUCAUUUAACGUCGGUUGUUUUUGGGAAAAGAGUUCGUGAAAUGUAAAGCAGAAUGAUGUAAAAAUAAUCCAUAUAAUAUAAACUCUUGAAAUGUAAGUUAUGUUAAUGUGUACAAUACUGGUCAAAGAUGCAGUAUCGUGAUUUGUACAUAGAUUUCUAUGUAUCUAUAUGUAUCCACUUCUUUCUCCCUCUGUAAGUUUUGUGUACGCAAUAAAUUUCGGUGAAUACUUGUU